AUGUCCGACAUCAGUGCUGCCGACCUGGUCUUCUCGGAUCAGGCGAAUCACAACUUCUCGCGCAUCCUCGCCGACCUCAAACGGUCCAACCUCUCCAUAUCGAACCGCUUAUCGUCGAUCCGUCAGGAUGCCGAUUUUGUGGACGAGGUAGCGGCAGCCCUCGGCCGGCCGCUGGUGGCCAACGAGCGCUGCGGCAGCUGGUAUGUCGCCCCGGCGUCCAAGGCCGGAUCGGCCUACUUCAAGUCCACAGACGGCCACACCGGCCAGUGGAAGUUUAGCACCCGGAGGCUCAACUUGCAUCUCCUGUCGUUGAUCGGUGAGCACGAUGGCUGCAUUAUUGUAGACUCGACUCGCCGGGGCAAACGGAUGCCGGACGCACUGAGCAAAACAGUGCCUAUAUGGUGCUGCGUCCUGAGCCGGGUCCUCUUCCCAGAUGACCCGUCGCUGCACAACCUCUACGUGCCGCCCAACGCGGUGUCCUCCUCGGAGCAGAGCCAGAUGCUCGCCAGGAUCCCCGGCUUCGUCGAGUCCUUCCGCAGGCUGGGGAUCGACGCCGCGGCGCUCCGAGCCCGGGUCGAGAAGCCCCUGCGGCCGAUGUGGGUCACGCAGGAGACGCGCCUGGUACCCGCGGACGACGACGACGAGAUCUUCGCCUCGUUCCACCCCGUCGUCUGCUGCACGAGCUCGCGCAGGGUUGAGGGCACGGAGAUGAGCGAGGGCGGGUACAUCCAGGGCGCCGGGGACGACACCGAGAACUGGGCGCUGGGCCUGACGGCGCCCCUGUGGUGGGCGCACGCGGAGGAGCUCCUCGCCGCGCCCGAGGGCGACCUGCCUGGUAUCAUUGCUCGCCUGGUGGCUCAACCGGCAGCAGAGUCGUCGGGUGGAUCGACAGACGCGGGCGGCACCACGAGACUUACAAAAUACAUCAGCGUCGGGCGAUUGACGACGGAGAAGACGGCUGGCUCCCCUCACUGUUGUCGCAUCGAACUGUUACCCGAGGCCACCAAGGCGGAGGAUUGGGUUCAGUCCGGAUCACAUAUGCGGAUUGGUGUGGGUAAGCACAAGGUCGCGAGCCGCAACCUUCGCCCGGCGUUGCCUCAGAUCUGCUCCUUCGUAUCCGAGUUCCUGUCCAAGGACAGCCCGAGUCCCGGGGAAGACGAUCAGAGGCAGAUAUUAGUGACGUGCGAGAGCGGCAGAGACAUAUCGGUGGGAGUGGCCCUUGCCCUCUUCUGCUAUUGCUUCGACGAUGGCGGCAACGUACGGGAUCCCAGCGCCGAGAAGAGGUUCAACAAGGACAUGAUCAGGGUGCGCCUGGGCAAGAUCAUGACGACCAUGCCCGAGGCGAACCCGAACAGAGCCACAUUGCAAAGCGUCAACAGUUUUUUCAUGGACUGGCGUUGA